CGAUCCUUUUGGGAAUUUCCGUCCGGGGAUUGUCAGCACUGGUCCGAGCCGCUUAUAUGGCAACGUUUUGUAGCCCCGGUAAGGAGAACAAGCAGAGCGGAGGUGAGACCUGUCCCAAGAAGACGUCGACGAAGAGGCUGCCAACGGACAAGCUGGCGAUUAACGAGGACGACGAGAAGAUGACGGAGCACGUCGCCGUCAAGAACUUCAGAGAGUACCUCAGGAUACCCUCGGUCCAGCCCAAUGUCAAUUACGACGGUUGCGUCGACUUUUUGAAGAGGCAGGCUAAAGCCUUGGACCUUCCGGUGCGGGUGUUCGUACCGACGCCGGCCAAGCCCGUCGUCAUCAUAACGUGGCUGGGGCUCGAACCGAGCCUGCCUUCGCUCUUGCUCAACUCCCACAUGGACGUCGUUCCCGUCUUUCCCGAGAAAUGGACCCACGAUCCUUUCGGGGCGGAGAAGGACGCCAACGGCAACAUCUACGCGAGGGGGGCGCAAGACAUGAAGUGCGUCGGGAUCCAGUACAUCGAAGCGGUUCGCAGGCUCAAGGAGUCGGGUGUACGGCUCAGGAGGACGAUCCACAUGUCGUUUGUGCCAGACGAGGAGAUUGGAGGUGAAGACGGCAUGGGUAAAUGGGUACUCACCGACGAUUUCCGCAGCCUCAACGUCGGAUGCGCCCUGGACGAGGGUAUGGCCAGCGUCGACGAGACGUACUUGCUCUUCUACGGCGAACGGUCCAUAUGGCAGGUGCACAUCCACUGCCAGGGCACCCCGGGCCACGGAUCGCUUCUCCUCCCCGAGACUGCCGGCGAGAAGAUGAGGCGUGUCGUCGAUGCGUUCAUGGACCUGAGGGCGACCGAGAAAAAGAAGCUGGAGACCAACCCCAAGCUGACAAUCGGCGAUGUAACGACGAUCAACCUCACGAGAGUAAAGGGAGGCGUCCAGAACAACGUCGUACCUCCGGAAUUGGUCGUCGGGUUCGACUGCAGGCUCUCGCCGACCACGGACCUCCAAUCCUUUGAAAAAUGGAUACUAGACGUGUGCGAAAAGGCGGGCAAAGGUGUCUAUCCGGAGUUCCAGCAGAAACAGAACGCAAAAGCUCUUACGAGGCUCGACAAGACAAACCCGUACUGGGUCGUUUUCAAAAAAGAAUGUGAUAAACUAGGUUUGAAAUUGAGAGAGGCAAUCUUCCCAGGUGGCACCGAUAGCAGGUUCGUCCGCGAUCUUGGAAUUCCAGCAUUCGGCUUUUCGCCAAUGAACAAGACGCCCGUCCUCCUCCACGACCACGACGAGUUCCUCUCAGAGUCAACAUUCCUCACAGGUCUCGACAUUUACACGAAACUGAUCCCCGCCCUGGCCAACUCCUGACAUCCGGAGGCCGGUGUCGACCCGGCCGGCCUUCAACAACAGCCGAAGAGGAGGCGGCUCGCCGAGCCGACCAUCCUCAACAACAUAAAAAGGAACAGCUAGUAUAGGAAGGAGCGGGGCCGGACGGACCCACGACCGGGAAAACGGCCGGUCGGACGUCGACGGUUUUUCAACAUCACGCGCAGCUUUCUAUUCGUGAGUCGAACGAUAAAAUACAGGCCCAGUUUCCAGAUGUUCCGGAGUCAAAAUUUUAGUCCGCACAGUCUCGCUGUUUACACCCCCCACCCACACCCCCAUCAUCAAACCCUUAACCCAAACCUUCACAUGAUUGUCGGGAAAUGAGUCGCAUGUCUAGCUAGAGGGUCGUUAAAAAAAACACGUUUUAACAGGGGACA